AUGGUCCCAACGCCGAGAAAUCCCACCUCGUGGGACGAAUACGAGGGACGGGCCUCCCCCUCGGGAAGCCUAUGGUCAAGCGUUAUAGACGAAGAAGCUUCUUUUCUCGACAGCGAUGGAGACUGCACUCAGCCGCCAAUUGACCAGCACGACCGCAGGAGGUCCUCUGUGACAACCCGGCUCGCGGCAAUGGCAGACAUGGGAGGAGUGAAUAGCUUCAGAUCCUUCGCCAGGAGUUGGCAGCGUGCCGCGUCUUUUGCAGAAGUUAUUCCCCGCCGCCCAAGCUUUAUUCUUCCAGCCGAAGCAGAAACCGUUCCUGUAUCAAGUAGUGAUGAAAUCCAAUACAGCCGCAGCGCCGUUGACAGCCAAGCCCCACCACAGGCAGGAUUGCUUAGGCAACACCUGGGAGCAUCAGCGCCCCAGGAUUCCGCUUCAGUCGAGACUAUUCCCGACUCUGGGAUUGGCGUGGGACCUGCUGCAGGUAUCCCGCAAGAAGACUUCCGGGAACGAGAACGCGAAGCAUUCGAUAGUGAAAUGGCAUCGGGUGCUCUCCUUGAUGGGUCGCCGUCGACUCGGUCCAAUAUCUUCGCCGUACCCCCACACCUGGCGACGCCCUCACUCAUUGGAAGUUAUGGCUCACAGUAUGGCACCAUGGGUGCCCGCAGAUACAGAUCGCGGUCCUCAGCAAGCUAUGAGAGCACUUGGGGAAUGCGCGGUGAUCGUGGAGGCGACUAUGAUGAUGACGUUGCCCUCGGCGAGGAACAGCCUAUACUGGUCAAGGAGAUAAAGCAAGGUGACAGAGUGGUUUUGACCGUCGACGGCCAGAGCACCCUCCCGCAAUCAAUUUUCAACUCCAUCAAUGCAAUCAUCGGGGUCGGCUUACUGAGCUUGCCGUUGGCAUUCAAGAUGAGUGGGUGGAUACUUGGCUUGUUCAUUUUGACACUUACUGCUGCCGUCACCUCCCAUACAGGAAAGUUAAUUGGCAAAUGUAUGGAGUACGACCCCAGCAUAUUAACGUACUCAGAUUUGGCGUAUGUUGCCUUCGGAGCCCGGGCUCGAGUCAUUGUCUCAGCAUUGUUUACUCUGGAGCUUGUUGCAGCAUGUGUAGCCCUAGUCAUUCUUUUUGCUGACUCUCUGGAUCUUUUGAUGCCCACUGUGGCCAACACAACCGUCUGGAAGUGCGUUUGUGCUGCUCUCAUUCUGGUUUUGAAUAUGCUCCCUUUGCGAUGGCUCAGUUACACCAGCGUCGUUGGCAUUUUUUCUACAUUUUGCAUUGUUUGCAUUGUGAUAGUUGACGGCCUAGUCAAGCAACAUACUCCGGGAUCCUUAUGGGAGCCAGCAAGAAGUUAUCUCCUACCUUCCAACUGGCUUUCCCUUCCUCUGGCGUACGGGCUCAUGGCCAGCCCAUGGGGUGCCCAUUCGGUUUUCCCCUCUGUAAGACUUGCAGCCGUUCACUAG